AUGGCCAAGGGAAAAGGAAAAGGUCCUAAAGGAAAAAAAAUCACCUUGAAAACUGCAAAAAAUUCUAUCAGGAUCUCUUUUGAUGGAGGCCGUCGUCUUGACUUAAGUAAGAUGGGUAUCACUACCUUUCCCAAAUGCAUUCUAAAACUGGCUGAUGUGGAUGAGCUUGAUUUGAGUAGAAACAUGCUCAAAAAGAUCCCAAACAGCAUUGAGAAGUUCCAGAAACUGCGCUGGCUGGACCUGCACAGCAAUCAGCUAGAAGAGUUGCCCAAGACAGUAGGUACGCUUCAGAAUCUUUUCUACCUGAAUAUAUGUAACAACAAGCUGACCAGCAAAACCUUGCCAGAAGAGUUGAACCUUCUAAAAAACCUGCGUAUUCUCAAUCUUGGCUUGAACUGUCUUGACAGCAUCCCCUCCACACUUGGAGCCCUGAAGGAACUUAAGGAGUUAGGUCUCUUUGACAACUUCUUGACCACUAUCCCAAACAGUGUGAAAACGCUUCCCAGGCUCCAGAAACUGAAUGCAGAAAGAAACCCUUUCCCUGAGUCAAAAAAAGAAGAGUACAUUGACCCCAUCAAGCGUGUAGAAUCGCUUUACUUAGUACAAGAGAAAGACCUAUGCUGUUCCUGCCUGAAGACCUGUCAGGAAGAAAGGGACAAACUAAACAAGUUUAAGAACACAAUAUCCUGCCCCUCCAAGAAGCUCAGUUUCCCUUUACUCCUUACACCCAACUCCACUGCAAUGGAUAACCAAGAACAAUGGAGAGUAAAAGAUGAACAUCUCUGA